AUGGGAGGCAAUGUCGAGUCAUGGGUAUUGCUUUCUAUAGCCCUGUUCACAAUCAUCGUCCGUAUAUUUGUACGAUGGAAGCUCGUUGGACCGUCCCAUUUCCAGCUCGAUGACUAUCUCAUGCCGUUAGCGGGGGUAGUUUUCAUCUUGGAGACAGUAGCGGCGUACCUCGUCGUUGCCAAUUACGAAGGCUUGACAAAUAGCUACAUGACAAACGGGGAGCGAGAAAAUAUCGAUCCUUCAUCCAGGGAGUGGUAUAAUAGGGUUGCUGGUUCGAAAAUUCAGAUAAUCGGUUGGUCGCUAUACACGGCAAUUCUGUGGCUGGUCAAAAUUAGCCUGGCAGUCUUUUAUUCUCGAUUAACUACGGGUCUUCAAAGUCUGCCCACACGUGUCCGAAUCGCCUAUGUAAUCUUGGGUGUGACGUGGAUCGCAACCCAGCUAUCUCUUCUUUUAUCAUGCCAACCCUUCCAUGCAUUUUGGCAGGUAGCCCCAAAUCCCGGCAAAUAUUGCCAACCAACGAACUCCCCAGUAUACGUUUUGGUCGUCAUGAUACUCAACAUCGCUACUGAUAUCUAUCUCCUUUCAAUUCCUUUACCUCUUCUUUGGACGGUCAAUAUCAGCUUGAAGCGCAAGAUUCCUCUCAUGGCAUUAUUCUCCGGGGCUGCAUUCGUCAUCACAGCAUCCAUUAUUCGAGGGGUUACCAUUAUGAGUUCGGGCCCGAAUGGUGCGGCAUCGGGGUCUCAAUGGGCUUGCCGCGAAACAUUCGUUUCAAUUAUUGUUUCUAACCUACCCAUCAUCCAACCACUUCUUCGAAAGGGAUUCAAGAAGAUCGGUCUUGCUUCCUUCUUCAGUUCCUCGAACAAACCAUCAGGUCAAUCUUACCCGCUCUCAGGCUUGAAGACCUUGACGAAUCGCGGUGACCGUGACACCAAGAAGGGUAAAGGCAGUGCGGCUGCACCGUCACACAUGCAGGUUUCGGCGUGGGGAAGUGACGAGCAUAUUCUUACAGAACCAGAGCACUCUUCGAAGGACAUCACGGUAGUCUCAGAGACGGUUGUGCAGAGUGAGCCAUGGAACUGGGAAGGACCUGGUGGUGCGCAUUCGACUACACCACCAAAGGAAUGGAGAGGCCAGUUACCUGACCGGUGA